UCUGUUUCUUCUUUUCUUCAUACUUCAAAUCACAAAUGGCCACUUCCUUUCUUCACGAAGCCACAGAAUUCCGUCUGUCCAGCAAACUUAGCACUGAAUUCCCUAGACAUUGUCCAGAGAUAGUGUUAUUAAUUCUCAGAAGCAUCUGCAAUUAUUAUGAGAUAUUCUCUAAGGUUGAAGUUCGUCGUAUAAUAUGUACUCCAAGAGAAGAAAAAUGUCACGUAAGACGACAAUCGAUGAUUACUCCAAGCACAUACGUGAUUUGUAAGAUGGAUGUAAGUCUCAAAGGAACUGUAAAGAUAUUCUGAUUUAGAGUAUAUAUGCCUUAUUUGGUCACACAGAAAACGGCAGAAUAUCGCUUUUAGUCAAGUAACGAGAACAUACCACAAUCAGUAACUGAAACAAUGACUAGGUUAGGUUUCUGUCUUCUGUUCCUGGCCAUUUUAUUCAGAUCGUUUGCAGCUCCGCCUGAAACUGAAGUGAAAAGGAGUUUUUCAGGACUAGGAUGCAUGGGAGUGUACGAUAAAUCGAAAUUUGCUAGACUGGAUAGAGUUUGUGAAGAAUGUUACCAACUAUUCAGAGAAUCUGAUGUUCACACUUUAUGCAGAUCGAAUUGCUUUAAGAACAGUUAUUUCACUCAAUGUGUAGACGCCCUUUUGUUAGAGAAAGAUCAGGAGCGCUUGGAUACAAUGGUGGAAGAACUUUAUGGCAAAAAAAGAUGAAACACAAAAAUUAAUUGUGUCAGUUGUUUGUUGAACUAUUUGCAAAAUCUGUUCGCCGUUUCGACUUUUUGUUUGUUGUGGAAAUGAAGCAAAAUGUAUUUAUUGUUUACUAAUUAUAAUAAAUUUGAUUUGUCAUAAUA